AUGGAGGCGGUAUUCGCCAGAUCUCUACCGGCCGCCGGAAACUUCGCUAACUUCUUGCCGACCGGAACUGCUCUCGUGUUCGAAACCCUAAUCCCGUCUUUCUCUAACGGUGGCGUAUGCACCAAUAAACCCGCCAACAAACUCCUCACAAUUUCCCUUAUCUCCCUUUGCGCCGCCGCUUGCUUCUUCUCCUCCUUCACCGACUCUUUCGUUGGCGCAGACGGCCACAUUUAUUACGGAAUCGCGACGGCGAAUGGUUUCUACAUCCUCAACAACUGUCGGGACGGCGGUUAUGAUCCGGAAUCCGGAUUAACGGGCGACAAGAAACGGAGAUACAAGUUGAGUUUUGUGGAUUUCGUGCAUGCUUUCGUGUCGGUGGUCGUGUUCUUGGCGUUGGCCGUAGAGAGUUCGGAUUUUCGGAAGUGUUUGCUCCCGGAGGACGACGGCGACAAUUGGGGUGGUAUUAUGGUAAUUUUGAUUAGGUAUUUUGGGGUUAUGGUGGGGACAGUGGCAAGCUUCUUGUUAGCUGUCUUUCCCACAAAACGGAGAGGCAUCGGAUGUACGGCUACUGGUAAUUAA